AUGAGUCUCCUCUCCCCCCAUUACGUGCUCCAGCCCGUGACCCAAAAUGACAUGAUUGUGGCUUCCCUGGCGUGGGGUUUCAACAUCGGGUUCGGCUGGCUCACAACGUGGACGGCGGCCAAGCAGACAACACGGGCCUGGAGGAGAAGUGGCCGUCACAUGUUCCGCAACGCCUAUGUGUGGAUGAUCUGGUUGGAGCUCCUAGUGUGCUUGAUGUUUAGCAUAAUAUGCUGGUUAUAUCUCCGCGGUGUCAUACCGCCUUGUUUCGGUUUUUAUUUUGGCAUUCUCACCUUGUGGGCUCUCCAGGUUCAGUUUCUACUACAAAUCAUCAUUAACCGCUGUGCCAUUCUCGUCCACGACCCGGCCGUCGUCUGGCGACUCAAGGUUGGCGUGGCCAUCCUGAUCACGGCCGUCAACGUUUCAGUCUACUUGAUCUGGAUCCCUGCCCGUCUACAAAUCUCAGAGAGGUACAUAUGGAUCAAUGACCGGUGGGACCGUUGCGAAAAGGUGAUAUAUUUGCUCGUCGACGCGGCUCUCAACAUUUAUUUCAUCACCAUUGUCUCGAAAAAUCUGGUUCACAAUGGACUGGACAAGUAUAAGCGACUGGCCCGCUUCAACUUGUUCAUCAUUGGCUUCUCAUUAUCCAUGGAUGUACUCAUCAUUGGUAUGAUGAGUCUACAAAAUACCUUUGUGUACAUGCAAUUUCACCCCCUCGCAUACACGGUGAAACUCAACAUUGAAAUGUCCAUGGCCGACCUCAUUGUCAAGGUGGCCAGGGCCAAGAACCGCAACAACAUCAGCCACCCCUCCAUGAGCCUCGAGGAGGGCGGCGGCUACGGCCACAGCAGCACGACAUGGCGGUCCAAGAUGCUGAGCUCUGUGCCGAGCAAGCGAGGCAAGUGGUACGGGCACAAUUACACAACGUCCGAGGCGACCCCGACGGCGCACGACAACAUGGAAAUGUCCAAUAUCCCGGCAAACAACACGACGACGACGACGACGACGACGAAUGCUAGCGAUGAGAACCGGGAUGCCGCCGCGAGGGACAACAAGUCCAUUUACACGACGCGGGAGGUGCACGUCGAGUUUGAAAACGCGCCGCAGAGGCCAGGGCACUGCUGGCCUAGUCAUUAUGGUGGUGUACCCGAGGAAAAUGACGACGAUGAACAACCCCUGCAGAGACAAGAUGUGCAUUUACGAUCCAGUAGACUAUAA